GCCUCCUCGAACAGUGCAAGAGAAGAAGAACUCCGACCAUCGUUCCUUCUUCCUCCACCGUCCUCCGUACGGGCAAAGGACCACCGACCACCGGCCUUCGUAAAGGAUAAACUAACUGGGAGCUCCGGAAGGAUUGGGACUGUCUGCUUCUCUCGUCAUGCCCUUUACCCGCCGGUCAUAAAUCGCAGUAUUCGUAGAUUCUGUGAAAUGGCGGCGGAGAGUGGGAAAAGCUUGAAAAGGAGGGACCACCUCUUGGAGAUCGAGGCAAAGGCUAGAAGCUGGUGGAAUGAGGCAGACGUCUUCAGAGCGGAGCCAUGUGAAAAGCCUCCUCAGCCCGGGGAGAAGUUCUUUGGCAAUUUUCCGUUCCCCUAUAUGAAUGGCUAUUUGCACCUUGGCCAUGCUUUCUCUCUCUCGAAACUGGAGUUUGCUGUUGCUUAUCAUAGGCUGAGGGGUGCCAAUGUGCUUCUUCCGUUUGCUUUCCACUGCACCGGCAUGCCCAUAAAGGCGUCUGCUGACAAGCUUCGCCGUGAAAUUCAACAAUUCGGUAACCCUCCUGUGUUCCCUGGUCCCGGUGAUGCUGAGCCAGAAGAACCAAAAAAACCAGAGCAAGUGAAUGAGAAUGUAUCUGGCCAACCUGAUAAAUUCAAGGGGAAAAAGUCCAAGGUAGCAUCAAAAGCCGGCGGGCAAGUGUUUCAGUGGGAGAUCAUGCGUAGUUUUGGGCUGACGGAUGAAGAGAUUGCAAAGUUUCAGGAUCCAUACGAGUGGCUAAGGUUCUUUCCGCCGUUGGCUAUGGAGGAUCUCAAGGCUUUUGGCUUGGGUUGUGAUUGGAGGCGAUCUUUUGUUACCACAGAUAUAAAUCCCUACUUCGACAGCUUUGUGCAGUGGCAAAUGAGGAAGCUAUAUGCGAUGGGUAAGAUUGUGAAGGACGUUAGAUACACGAUUUACUCUCCUUUAGAUGGCCAGCCUUGUGCUGAUCACGACAGGGCAUCUGGUGAAGGAGUUCUGCCCCAGGAGUAUACCCUCAUAAAAAUGGAAGUUUUAAGGCCAUUUCCUCCAAAGUUAGGGCCUCUGGAGGGGAAAAAUGUUUUCCUAGCUGCUGCUACUCUGAGGCCCGAGACUAUGUAUGGGCAAACGAAUGCCUGGGUGUUGCCGGAUGGUGAAUAUGGAGCUUAUGAGAUUAAUGAAACUGAUGUGUUUGUCAUCACAGGCCGUGCUGCCCUUAACCUAGCAUAUCAGAACUUCUCAAGGAUCCCUCAGAAGCCUACUUGCUUGAUGGAGCUGACUGGUCAUGACCUGAUUGGUCUUCCUUUGAGAUCUCCUCUUUCGUGUAAUGAAGUUAUAUACGCUCUUCCUAUGUUGACCAUCCUAACAGACAAAGGUACUGGAAUUGUCACCAGUGUGCCUAGUGAUGCCCCUGAUGAUUAUAUGGCUUUGCAUGAUCUCAAAGCAAAACCGGCUUUCAGGGCCAAAUAUGGGGUGAAGGAUGAGUGGGUUAUGCCCUUUGAAAUACUGCCGAUAAUCAACAUUCCGGAGUUUGGGGAUAAGGCUGCUGAAAAGGUCUGCAUCGAUCUGAAAAUUAAGAGCCAGAACGAGAAGGAGAAACUCGCUGAAGCUAAACGGCUCACGUACCUCAGAGGGUUUACUGAGGGAACUAUGCUUGUGGGAGAAUAUGCAGGGAUGAAAGUUCAAGAAGCAAAACCAUUGCUUCGAACCCAACUGAUCGAGACAGGCCAAGGAAUUAUGUAUAGUGAGCCUGAAAAGCGAGUCACUUCAAGAUCAGGUGAUGAAUGCGUAGUGGCACUUACUGAUCAAUGGUACAUAACUUAUGGAGAAGCAGAAUGGAAGAAACUAGCCGAGGAAUGCCUGAGCAGUAUGAACCUCUAUUCUGAUGAGACACGGCAUGGCUUUGAACACACUUUGAGCUGGCUGAAUCAGUGGGCGUGCUCAAGAUCAUUUGGUCUUGGGACUCGCAUUCCAUGGGACAAGGAAUUCCUUGUCGAAUCCUUGUCUGACUCCACCAUUUACAUGGCCUACUAUACUGUUUCACACUUCCUGCACAACGAUGACAUGUAUGGUACGAACAAACAUCCAAUUCAACCUUCGCAGAUGACUGACGAAGUUUGGGAGUUCAUCCUCUGUGGUGGUCCAUACCCUAAUUCCUCUGGUAUACCAGCAGCUGUACUCGAUAAGAUGAAGAUGGAAUUUGACUACUGGUAUCCAUUUGACUUGCGAGUCUCGGGCAAGGACCUUAUCCAGAAUCAUUUGACCUUCUCCAUAUACAACCAUGUAGCAAUCAUGGAUAAAAAGCACUGGCCACGUGGAUUCAGGUGCAAUGGCCAUAUCAUGCUCAACUCCGAGAAGAUGUCCAAGUCGACUGGCAAUUUCAGAACGUUGAAACAGGCAAUUGAGGAAUUCUCAGCUGACGCUACGAGAUUUUCACUGGCUGAUGCUGGAGAUGGUGUCGACGAUGCUAAUUUCGUCUUUGAAACCGCCAACUCGGCAAUCCUUCGGCUCACCAAGGAGAUCGCCUGGAUGGAAGAAGUUCUGGCUGCUGCAGAAUCAUCCUCUCUUAGGGAGGGCGCUCCUUCAACUUAUGCUGAUCGCGUGUUUGAGAAUGAGAUAAACAUUGCAGUCAAGAUGACCGAAGAGAGUUACAGCAAUUGCAUGUUCAGAGAGGCAUUGAAGACCGGAUUCUACGAUUUACAAACUGCCAGAGAUGAGUACAGAUUCUCGUGUGGCAGUGGAGGUAUGAACCGUGACCUGGUUUUCCGGUUUAUGGAUGUGCAGACUCGCCUCAUCACUCCAAUUUGUCCACACUACGCUGAAUACGUAUGGAGGGACCUUCUAAAGAAGGACGGGUUGGCAGUGAAAGCUGGUUGGCCCACUGCAGGUUCUCCUGAUCUGAAGUUGAAGGCAGCCAACAAGUACCUGCAGGAGUCCAUUGUUCUAAUGAGGAAGUUGCUCCAGAAGCAACUUUCUGGGCCAAAGAAAGGAAACAAGAAAGACACUGCACCAGUUACUGCUACCUCAGAUAACAAAUUGACAGGUUUGAUAUAUGUCAACGAAAUGUUUGAUGAGCGGAAAUCAGAAUGCUUGAAGAUACUCCAAAGCAAGUUUGAUGGCAAUACUCGGAAGUUUGCACCCGACAGCGAGAUAUUGCAGGCAUUGCAGGCGAGCCCACUUUUCCAGGGUUCGAACGUCAAACAGUUCCAGAAGCAGUACAUGCCGUUUGUGAGGUUCAAGAAGGACGAAGCAGUUGCAAUUGGUGUUCAGGCGUUGGAUCUGAGGCUACCUUUUGGAGAGAUUGAAGUUCUAAGGGAGAACCUGGAGCUGAUCAAGCGACAGCUCGGUCUUGAAGUUGUUGAAAUUUUAUCAGCCUCAGAUCCUAACGACAAGGCUCGAGCUGGCUCCCUUGCCUCUGUCUUGGAGCAGAAUGCUCCCUCCCCUGGAAGCCCCACGGCCAUCUUCUUGACCAGGUAGCAAAGUUCCAGAGGUGGAACAAAGUGAUUGCUUGGGCAAUGCUGGAUACAAAUACGAGUGAAUGCUGCCAAGAGGUGACAGUAGUUUGAGUUUGAUCUGUUAAUGAAUUUUUGAAUCAUGCCUUCUUUUUGCUGCUGUUUUGUUCUGAACCUGAACUGUAUUCCACUGUUAUCUCAUAUUAGACCAUUUUGAAGUUUUCCCUACUGUUAUGCAAUGAAAUUUCGCGCGGAAGAAGUUAGUGGUCUGCACUGCUGGUUUGUUGGUUUGUUUGGUAAUGAAUUGUGUUUCCUUCUGGGGGAGAAAUGGGACGAUCUUGUGUUAAUAGUUAUUUCUCUAAGUAGUUGGAGUGUCUUUCCUGUUUGGUUAACAGAAUCGAAACCAUGUAAAAACCGAAAACUGAAGUAGUAUAUUUUUUUUAUGAGGG